UUUCUCGGAUCGAUUAAAACGCAUCGAUCGUAUCGAUUGUGAUGGUGAUCGCCGGUGAACAUUCGUACACGAGGUUUUCCUGAACACGCGAAAGACCAAAAUGUUGUUCAAGGGUAACAGUUCGAGACUGGAAUUGUUGAUAGGGAAAAUCCAGGCUCACAAGGAACCUUCCCAAGACGAUCAACACAAAUCAAAAGAAGUGUUGGGGACCGGCAGUUCGUCGUGGCAAAGCGAGGAUGCCGGAGCGAACUCGCGACGCGGAGGAGAGACGCCGUCGUCUUGCGCGACACCAACGUCGGUCAGCUUUCCGUCGGAGCCCGAAGUCGACGCCGACGUCGCCGCGAACGCCGAUGGAAACAACGCGAACGCGCCUUAUCCUUGUCAGUUUUGCGAUCGCACCUUUCCACGACUAAGUUACUUGAAAAAACACGAACAGAGUCACGGCGAUCAGAUGCCUUACAGAUGCAGUUGGUGCGCCAGACUGUUCAAGCAUAAACGCAGCAGAGAUCGACACGUGAAACUUCAUACCGGCGACCGAAGAUAUCGAUGCACGCACUGCGAAGCUGCUUUCUCCAGGAGCGAUCACCUCAAGAUCCACAUGAAAACGCACGAUACCCAGAAGCCCUACCAGUGUACGGCCUGUUCGAGAGGUUACAAUACAGCGGCAGCCUUGACAUCCCAUAUGCAAUCGCACAAGAAGCAUCAUCAGUCCCAGGGAACGAAGAAAUUGCAACCGCAAGAGGCGGAUCACGGACGAAGGAGCGUCUCCUCGCACAGUACGUCCUCGCCUCCGGUAGCGAGUUCUCCGUCGCCGUCCUUGAACCUUGCUCCGAAUCCAAAGUCCGGAUUGAAAAGCUCUCAGGGUAGCUGCUCGACCACCCCGAUCUUAACCUCUCCUCUCAAGUUGGCCUGCAUGUACUGUACCAGAGACUCGUUCAGCUGCAUGCAGCAGCUUCAGAUGCACGUGCACACGAUGCAUCGCGCGAUCCUGAACGGCGAGAGCGUCGCGACCGUUUCCCCGUCGGGCAACGGAAGCGGCGAGCAACUGGUCGGUUAUCACCGCGCGGACAAAUCGUCCUCGGAGCGGCUCGAGGGAUCCGGCACGUCCGCGGAUCACGAAAGAAAGCGCGGCACGACGGAGAAGGAGCAGUACGAAAACGGUCCGUUCGCGUGCAAUCGAUGCACGAUCAAGUUUUCCGCGUUGGCCUCGUUAAGGGAUCAUCUCCUCUCCAUACACGGAAUCGACCAAUACGGCUCGGCUGCGUUGAUGAUGUGCCCGUUGUGCGGCAUCCCGUGCACCUCCGCGGCCGCGUACGCGGAACACUACGUUCUGCGACACUGCGAAAAUCGACGACCGUUGGAGGCUCGCGAUUACCCGGAGACCGAGUUGAACGGCGGCUACGACUCGAACACCGGCAGGAGUCAGAAGCGCAGAGAACAAACACCGACCGAGCCGGCCGAUCUGACCAACAAACACGCGACCGAGACCAGUUACACGGCUGGAACUCUGCUUUGCGGUCAGUGCGGCGCGGCUCUCAAGGACUUCGAGUCGUUCAGGGAACACCUGGCCAGACAUCUCCAAGCCGAUCACCGAAACGACCUCAGGCAGCAUCCUUGCCCAAAGUGCGACGCCACUUUUCAGGACAAGGAGGACAUGCUGGUCCAUCUGACCAACCAUUACCUAGGCCAGGUCAGCAAGGAGUACGCCUGCGGCGCCUGCAACAACCUCUAUCCUCAUCCCGAUCUUCUGCAGAGACAUCUGCUCGACAGCCACGCUCAUCAUCUCUACAGAUGCGCCCUGUGCAGGGACACCUUCGACACCAGGGUUGCGAUACAGGUUCACUUCGCGGUGAAACACAGUCAGGAGUGCCGAGUCUAUCGGUGCAACGCCUGUUCGACCGUUCCCGACCUAGACAAUUCGCCCGGAAACACGACCGGGGAGGGAAAGAGUUUCUUCAGAAGCGAAUCCGAGAUGGCCAACCACGUGAGAACCGUUCACGCGCCGGCCACGCUCUCCGCCGGCAGUCCUCUCGCUACCAGUCCAGCUUCGACUCCUGGAAUCACCGCCGCUGCCGCCUCCUCGGGACCCAGAUGCGUUUUCUGCGGGAUUUUCUGCGGAUCCGAACUCGAGCUCCAACUUCACUUGGCCAGCCAUUCCGCUAGCCUCUACAGAUGUCCAGUCUGCAGAGAGGGUUUCGCGGUCGAGUUCUUGCUCGACAGGCACAUCGCCCAGGCGCAUCGUUCCGGCGAUCAUCGAGCCACGACGAGGACCGCGUCCAGGGAAAACGGACGAAUCGGCAGAAGCUCGAGAUUGCAGGAAGAGAGUAAAUCGCAGAAAAGAGGUCGUUCCCCGGCAUCGAGCAACAACAACCUUCCGAACCAACGCGACAAUAACAACAAACGCGCCAACUACGUCGGGCCAGCCUCCCAGCAGUGCGAUCUAUGCGAGAGAGGAGAGUUCGCGAACGAUGCGGAACUUCAGGCUCACAAAAAGGUCGCUCACAGCCCUGCUGGGAAACUGCAGAACAAAUCGUUGUCGAAUCUCAGCAUGAGCUGCGCCUAUUGCGGAGAGGCGUGCCGAUCUCGAACCGAGCUGGAAUCUCACACCAGAAUCCAGCACGCUUCGAACGAACCCGGAGGACGUCACAAGUGCAACAUCUGCGACGAGGUCUGCCCGUCCGGGGCCAGUCUCGCCGAGCACAAGUUGCAGAAACACUGCAAGAUUCGACUGAGCGACAGCUGCGUCGUCUGUCGCGGAUGCUUGACUUCGGAAUCGCAGUUCCUCGAACACGUGCAAAGGCACAGCCUCGAGAACGUGGAUCCUCAGCAACGGCACGACGCUUCUCUUCCCCAUUUACCCGCGGCCUGCGUCGUUUGCAGACAAACGCUCAUCACCGAUCUCGAGUGUCGUCUUCACGCCAGACACCAUCUCCGAGGUUCCGCCGGAUCCCGCAGCCUCGGAUCCAGUCCCAAUCCUAGCCAGAAGCCGAUCCAGAACCCGAUCCAGAACCCGAGCUGCUGUCUCUGUCUGAGAGAUUACCACGUGGACGAGUUGGUCAGUCUGCCUCCGAGCCACGUGACCGGAGGAGGACAGUCCCUGAGGGUCUGCAAGUCCUGUUACGUUCGUCACUCGCAAGGCCUGCCUAUUCUGAAUUCGCCUUACGAACCGACCAGGUUAAAAUGGUCGUCGAGCAGCAAGGAACCGCCUCGAGGAGGAGAGGGCUCGAGAGACAAAUGGGAAACGGACCGUAGAAACAACACCGAGGACAAAACGGACCGAACGAACGACGGUAUUAGAUGCGACGAGUGCGGCCUCAAGUUCGAGGACUCCGAACAAGCGGAGAAACACAAAAUGCUCGAGCACGACAAGAUCGGAGCUGCUUCGAACACCUACACCUGUAUACAGUGUCAGAUGUCCUUUUCGACCGAGGCCAAGAUACAGCAACACGUGAGAAAGGAUCACCUCGAGUCGUCCGGGAAAACUUCCGUGGAUGCUCUCAGGUGUCAUUUGUGUCUGUUCGAGGCCAGCAGUCCGUUACAGUUACAGAGUCAUUUGAUAGAGCACACAUUCGCCGGAUGCGCCGCUCUCAGCUGCUACAUUUGUCAAUCUCUCUUCACUGCGCCAAUCGGUCUUCAGAAUCACAUGCUGCAAGAACACGGUUUAGGUGCCCGCCCGUACGACUGUUCCAAGUGUCUCCUCAAGUUCUUCUUCAGAGCCGAGUUGGACCAUCACGCGUUAACGUUCCAUCGACCCGGAGACGCAACCGAAACCCUGCAGAACGCCAACGAAACGAAAAGGGACGCCGCUGCUACUGAUGCUGUUGCUGUUGACCAGCAAAAUUGCAAAGAGGAGAUGAUCACGGUAAAAGAGGAGCUACUCGCGGAAGCUGCGGAGGAAGACGAGGAAGAAAUCAACGUGGAAGAGCAAGCGGAGCAGGACGCCUCGGGAACGUUCAAACGAUCGGACGCGGAUCAAAAAUUUAAAACGGAGAUAGAGAGCGUCGAUUCCGUUCAAGAGAAAAUUCAUUCGUGAUCGUUUCUUCUCGAUCGAGAUACUCUCUCGGCGUUUUAUUAACAAACUUUACCGUUGAAUAAUUUCAACGAAUCCAUCUCCCGGACUAAUUAGUUUCUCUGAUUAAUUAGAGAACCAAGGAAUAUACGUAUGUUCUUCUACGUUCUUCCUACUUCGUUACUUUAUUUCUACAUAGUAUGCUUAGCUGAUCGGAGUAUCGUUCGCGUUAAAUUCUCGUUGAGACACAGUCAGUUUUCGUUGCUCGAAAGAUCGUGCGUCGAUUUUAACUGUACCGAUAAUGUUAUGCUAGAAGAUUCUCUUACGGACGCGACAUACGCCAAUGAUAAGAAUAUUCUUACUUCUUAUCACAAAAAGACAAAGAAAAAUAAAGAGCUGUCCGGUGCUACAAUUUCUACAUACGUUGAAUAGUAUUAAGCGAGUAUUAGUCGCGUUCCAUCGAUUUAACCUCGUAAUCAUUAUUAUUUAAACGAAGCAAAUGCAAUAACCUGUCCACUAACUAUAAGCUUACGACGUCGAUUUUAACUCGCGAAACCUGUGCGAUUCUAUUUUCUUUCGCCGUUUUUAACCAAUACCCUUAUCGGAUUGAACGCGAAACGAACAGAAGAGUGCGAAUCUUUCGGAACAUUCGGGAACGCGUAAGCAUGGAUAAUCGAGAAAUAAUAAAACGAUUAAUGUAAAUAUCGAGUACAUGGUAACGCGUCGUUUCUGUUCCACCGUAGACAAUAUUUUAUAGUUAUUGAAUCUGAAACAUCGUUACUCGUUAGAGAUUACAGGGCAAUAACAACGCUUGUACGAAGAGAGUUUAGAAACGCCGUAACACGUUCCGAUUCCAAUGCAUUUCGCGAGCCUUUACCCCGAUUUUCCUCCAGUCGAACAAAUCAACAACGGAGGAAUCUUUCGCGUAUUCAAUAAUCUAUACAAACUAAUAUGUGAUAUACAUAUAAAUUAUAUAUAUAUAUAUAUAUAUAUAUUUAUACAUUACAAUUGUAAAAAGCUACGUAGAUUGUAAUGAAUAUACCUUCUAUCAUAUUGAUAACAAUGUACAUUAUAUGUAUAAACGAGAAUUGUAAAAUACUAUUUAUAUCGUAAGAAAAUUAUAUUAUUUCAUAUUGUUAUAUCGUUUUAACGUUUCCGGCUUAUACGCGUGAAAAAUGUUUGACUAAAUACGAAAUAAUAGAAAGGAAAACACCGAAGCGAAUCGAAGAAAUUCGACUUGGUCCAACGGAGAAUCGAAAUUUUUUAUCGAAAGAGCAUGACAAUAAAAGAGUUAUUUCGGUUGAUCCUUCCUUACUGUUUCGUCUCGGCGAAAUUCCAACAGUUUCCUUCCAAUUAAUUCCAUUCCGUUCUAAUACGUACUAAUUACGUACUAAUUACGUACCAAUUACGUACUAAUACGUACGAGUUCUGUAUAUGUAGAAGAAAUACCCGUGUUACGUAGUCUUGUUCAGUUGUUAAAUAAUCGAUAGAUUAUAUGUAUAAUUCUCUAUACAUUGUUUGUUACUUUUGCUCACUUUUUUCGUUCGUUCAUGUUCGUGUAGAGUCUGUAAUGUAACAACGUAUACAAUUGUGAAUCGGUCGAGUGAGCGAACGAUCCGUUUGUUAAACACGAUCAUUGUAUAAGUAUUGUGCGUCGAGGAGAGAAGCAGUGUACCACGAAGCUGUCCUCGCCUUUUGAAAAGCCCUUUUCUUUCUCCGAAGAGCUUCGCCCCUGCUACACGAUUCGUCUUCUUCGACGUUUUAAAUUUUAAACGAUACUCUCCUCGACGAAUUUCGAAACAUCCUUCGACAACUUCCUACAACUUUGAUUCGAGUGCCGAGCACAGAGUAUGUCUGAAAAAAUAUGUAACACGUACAAACGAUUAUUUCCACAAACCUGUAACGAUCAUUUUCUUUCCGUUAUCGAAUUCAUUGUUCGAAUGACGUUCGUUAAACAAUAAAAGUAACAUAAUUGCCGGCA